AGCGGAGCAGGCGGAGCGGACCGGCCGGGGCGGAGCGGAGCAGUCCGCAGAGCAGCCCCUCCCGGCCGCGGCCGCCGACCCCGGCCCCGGCCCGGCCCUAUGGACAGGAGCUCGCUGCUGCAGCUCAUCCAGGAGCAGCCCUAUGGUCUGGGGGUGGGGCCUGCCCUCAGGCCUUGGCCAGCGGCUCCCCAACCCCAGCAGCUGGACCCUGAGAACACAGGCUUCAUCGGUGCAGACACCUUCACUGGCCUGGUGCACAGCCAUGAGCUGCCCCUGGACCCAGCCAAGUUGGACAUGUUGGUGGCCCUGGCCCAGAGCAACGAGCGGGGCCAGGUCUGCUACCAGGAGCUGGUGGACCUGGUCAGUGCCAUGAUCAGCAGCAAGCGCUCCAGCAGCUUCAAGCGGGCCAUUGCUAAUGGACAGCGGGCGCUGCCCCGGGACGGGCUGCUGGACGAGCCGGGCCUGGGUGUCUACAAGCGGUUCGUGCGCUAUGUGGCCUACGAGAUCUUGCCCUGUGAAGUGGACCGCCGCUGGUACUUCUACCGGCACCGCAGCUGCCCACCCCCUGUGUUCAUGGCCUCGGUCACCCUCGCCCAGAUCAUCGUGUUCCUGUGCUAUGGGGCUCGCCUCAACAAGUGGGUGCUGCAGACCUACCACCCCGAGUACAUGAAGAGCCCCCUCGUGUACCACCCUGGGCACCGUGCUCGGGCCUGGCGCUUCCUCACCUACAUGUUCAUGCAUGUCGGGCUGGAGCAGCUGGGGUUCAAUGCCCUCCUGCAGCUGAUGAUCGGGGUGCCCCUGGAGAUGGUGCACGGCGUGCUUCGCAUCAGCCUGCUCUACCUGGCAGGUGUGCUCGCAGGCUCCCUGACCGUCUCCAUUACCGACAUGAGGGCCCCUGUGGUAGGGGGCUCCGGUGGGGUCUAUGCCCUGUGCUCUGCACACCUGGCCAACGUUGUCAUGAACUGGGCUGGGAUGAGAUGCCCCUACAAGUUGCUGAGGAUGGUGCUGGCCCUUGUGUGCACUAUGAGGAGCGCCUGCGGGACCAGUGUGGCUGGUGGGUGGUGUUGCUGGCAUACGGCACCUUCCUGUUGUUCGCCAUCUUCUGGAACAUCUUUGCCUACGACCUGCUGGGUGCCCACAUCCCCCCACCACCCUGACUGCCUCCUCUGGGCCACUGGGGUCAGGGCCAGCCGCCCACUGGGCCUGCAUGUCUGCCCUCCAUGGAGAGACGUCUCAGGGCUGCUUCUCCCCAUGGGGGCGGGUGGCCCCUGUGGUCCACUGAGUUCAGGCCAAGCCUUACUCCAGCCCUGACAACCCCUCCCAGGGCUGCUGGGCCAGGGUUGGGUAAGUUGCCCCAGAGGAGACCUUGCCCUGCCCACCCCACCUCCAGGACUUGCGGUCUGAGCCUUUUUGGAGAAUGAAUAAAUAUUUUACGUGGCA